AUGCUUCUCGACGUUGGUGCCAAGGAGAGCGUCAACUGCCCGAGUGGGAGCCACGUGGACAGCGCGGGUCAGACCUUCCGCAUCACAUGCCCCAUCGGCACCACACUGGGUGACAGGAGCACGAAAGUGACGCCCCCCGGGGAGGAUCGUAGAGAUGGCGUGUUCCCCUGUGUGGCCUGCCUGGCCGGCACUUACAAGUCCACAUACGGCAGCAACCCCUGUACUUCAUGCCUCCCGAACUCUUGGGGGUUUGUGGGAUCCACCUCGGCAAGCGAUCGUGAGGGCAUCGCGGGAUACACGGCAGUCAAGGCACAGACACCAGCUGUUGUAGCUCACCGAGACCUGCUCCUCUCCCAGCUCGUCCGACGAUCGACUCUCUAG